UCCUGCGUUUCAUGCUCGGUAUAUGGUAAACAUUUUUUUCUUUUUCUUAUCCAGUCCAUCUCCAUAGAGGAGCUGCUGCUGCUGCAGGCCGGGAAACGGUCCCACGGCUCUGACUCCUCAAUGAGGACCAAUGGGUGGCCAGGGUUGUAGAGAGAGAGAGGAAAGGAAAACUUUUCUUUCUUUUUUUCGACAGAAGGACGGGUGUUGUGUGUGUGUGGGGGGUGGGUGGGGGGGGGAGAAGAAAACAGAAACUGCUCGGCGGAGCGUGAAGCGUAGCAGCGAGAGGAGGGACAAAGACGCACAUAGCGGGACCAAAUGCGACGGACAUAAACCUCCUCCAGCUCCACAGAUAGCAUAACACCAACGUAGGAAUGCGUGGAUGGGUGCUGGAAGCGGCAGAGCUGCGGGGGAAAGAGGAGUCGCGACCGGCGACGGCGAGAAAGCCACGCGUGGUGAUUUCCCCUGAGUCAGACCCUGACUUACCCCGCUGCAAAGCUCCCCGGGAGGAGGAGGAGGAGGAGGAACAGGAGGCGAACUUCUCUUAAGUUCCAGGGGAUCACUUCAACCGGACCGAGCGUGUUUUUCUGAGACAAUCUGGUUUCCUGCAGAACGCAACGCAUGUUAGGAAUACUUAUGAACCCCGAUUUGUGUGUUUAAGUGUAAAGCUCGUAUUGUGCCCCCUCCCCCCUCCGAUCCCAAUGUGCUGGCGGACAGAGGGCACGUCGCCGAGCUAGAACUCCAUCCAAGUAUGAGAUGCUGGUGCGGCGCCGCGGCCCUCUUCUUCCUCGCCUGGGUGCUGGUGGCCUUGGAUGCCAAGCUCAUCUGCUGGCAGGCCCUCUUGCGGUGCCACGAGGAGCCCGAGUGCGAACUCGCGUACGGCCAGUACCUGGCGGCCUGUGAGGGGAACAUCCGGGGCACGAGGAGGCAGUGUCCGAGUCACUGCAUCAACGCGCUUAUCCGGCUCAACCACACCCGCAGCGGGCCGGACCUGGAGACCUGCGACUGCGCGCGGGACCUGGAGUGCCUCGGCGCCAAGCGCGCCGUCGAGCCGUGCCUCCCCCGGCGGCACCCGAGCGACGCCGGCGGCAUCGGCUGCAUGGAGGCCCGGCAGCGCUGCGAGGAGGACAGCGACUGCCACGCCUCCCUCACGGCCUACCUGGCCUACUGCGGGCAGCUGUUCAACGGCCGGAAGUGCUCGUCCAACUGCAAGGCCACCAUCCAGCAGAUGCUGUUCAUCCCGAACGGCGCGCUGCUGAACCGCUGCGUCUGCGACGGGGUGGAGAGGCCCUUCUGCGAGGUGGUGAAGGAGAACAUGAGCAAACUCUGUGCCAUAGGGGACCACAUGGUUAUUUCAGACCAGCCGGAUGUGGAUGACCUCUACGAGGAUGAAGACUAUGAUCCGAAAAGUGACAGAGAGGAGGCGUCCGAUCACUCCUCUGCUUCCCAGAGGUUGCACAACAGCGUGUUGCUCCUGUUACUUCCUCUUGCACGGAUAUUGUACUGAGACAUUUAUGGUUUAUGAGAAAAAUACCCCCCCCCCCCCCCCCCCGCCCACUUCCUGGUUUUCAAGAGACCAGCUGGAGUUGGGAUGCAUACGGUGACUUAACUGAGAGACGCUUCAGCGUGGCCUCGCUGGCACAGGACUCAAACCCAGGUCUGCUGGAUAAGGAGCAGCUAUUUAGCCUCCACCCUGAAGGCCUCCCUGCCGCCAGCUCAUUCCAGCUGCAGGGCGACAGUAGUGCGAUGACUCCCACAACCGUACAAUUUGCAUAAUAAUUUGUCUUCGAGCACAUCUCACUCAGGAAACUCAACUCUCUCCGAGCGAAACCAAUCUUUUGUUUUGGUUUUGUCGAAGUCUGUUGUUAAAAAACGAGUACUCCCAGGUGACGAUGAGAGGAAGUGAGCUGCGCCAGACUUUUGUUGCCAAGUGGAGUGCCUUUGAGCAGCUCCAUGUUUGCUUGGUUGGUUUCAAUGGUACUUGGGAGUGUGGCUUUAUUAAGACCUUGGACAAACAUUGGACCCGUACCGGGUCUCUGUUUGCCCUGCUCUCCAUUUCGGGGGGGGGGGGGGGGGGCUCUGCAUUGUCGCAGCAACCGCACUUCAAAUAUUUGUAGGGGCAGCGAUCAAAGGACGAAUGUGAGGGUUGUGUGGGAUCAAGUACCGAAAUUAACUGAAGCGUCUGUCUGCCCCCCCCCCCUCCUCCUCGUCCAUGUGAGAUUGUUUUAUUGAACUUUUCCUGAGACAGCCCCCCCCCCCCUUCCUCCUCUCUACCGCCUGCCCCCUUUCACGCCGUCAAAAGUACCCCCCCUCCUCUUUUUACUCUCUUUACUGCUCUCACGCGGAGGCUACUAGCCAGGAAAAGGUGCCAAAGGGUCAACAUAUUGUAGCUGCUGUCGAUGUGACCUGAAGUCCACACCGACAGCCCAGAGAUUCGACCCAGCGGGCUUUCAGUCCCACUCUUUUUGUCCACUGUUCCACUUUUAGCCAAAAAAAGGGGGAAACACAACAUUUUAGUUUGUAGUGAUCACUUGUAAUGAAGCUGCCAAAUUUGCGUCUUCGCCACUUGAAAUUGUGUCAACACUAAUCUUUUGAUGUUGUUGCUUUUGUAUCGGUCACGACGUCCCGAAGAAUGUUGCUAAUCGUUAAGUUAUGAAGCUAGAAUGUGUACAUGUUUUCCAGUUAUAUGCACACCUUUACACGCGUGGACGGAGCUCCAUGAUGAUCCGGCAUGGUUUUUAGGCUCUUGAAGGUUUUUCCAUCUCAUCUUGGGCAGUGAAUACUUCAGAGCGGUGUCUUCCAUGUGGGAAGGUUGAGUUUUAUAAUAAAAUGAAAUAAAAUGAAGAGCUAAA